GCCAUAUGCAUAGAAUUAUGGAUGGAACCCGAGGACGGACGGGUCCUGUAUGUAGUGUCGGGUCGUGAAUUAUGAUGUUUGUGGCACGGUGCAUUCAUCGUAAAAUGAUCGAUGCACUUUGAUGUGGACUUCCCAAUAUGAUUCAUGCAAACAACAAGAGGAGGAGGAACGAUGAUUUCUGCAUUCCAAGAUGAUGUCUGACAAUGUAUAGACAUCAUGAGCACCAAAGUCUUGGGCAAGAACAAUCUGCCAGUCCUACCACAUCAACAGAAAGAUGCAUCCCUAUUAAGCGUCGUUUGCUUAACAAAUUUUACUCGUCCAAAAGAACUGCAAGUGCUCAAGCAAACGGUAGAAUACCAGUGUCAGAUGCAGAGCUGUCUUGUCAUGGUGUUGACCAUGUUGAGCAAGCAGAGGCACUAGACUUACGCAAACGAAAGAAAGCAACGAGUAGCAGUUUACCUCGUUUCAAGUGGGAGAGUGCGGAUAGGCAGGAACAGGCGAGCCAACAGCUGCAGAGUCCGGACACAAUCUUGGAACAGUGCCUUAGAGGUGUAGAUCCCGUAACUGGAAGGCCAACUGUGCAGAAUGUCCUUCGAUAUCAUGAUCUCUCGAAACUAUCCAUUGGGGAAAGAACCGAGUUGGAUAAGAUGCGUGAUGAUGAGAUUCUAGCAAAGUAUUUGAAAACUGCUUGUGAACAACGUGACCGAGCAUUGUACCAUUCCGAGUCAUCUGCCAGAAGGCCAUCAAAUUCAAAAGGUACGAUAUCAACUAUGUUGUUUGAUCAGGAGCCAAACUGGGACGGGCCUGACAACUUGGGUUCAAGGCUUUCAAGAAAAUCUUCAAGAGCUGAUACCUUUGGCCGUUCGAAUGGCUCAACCCCCACAAGGCGACAUCAACCAUAUGAAUCGCAAAGUGAAGUCUAUUCCGCAAUACCGCAAGAUCUUGCAAGAAUGGGAAGUGAUCUUUCCACCAUAUCAGUCAAUGAUCUCUGGGAACCUGUUAAUGCUUCUCAGGAUCUUAUUUCUGUGCAUCAUAUUUCAUCACUCGCCGCAGAUGAAUCUGAUAACUUGCCACAGAUUGGAAACGGUAGUAUUAGAACAGAUUAUGAGAUUCCAUCAAACUCGAGAAAUGUGACGUUGAAACAACCAAAGGGGGAACAACAUUUUGUUGCUCAUUCUUGCCAGAGGACAACAAGCCAUAGCAAUGUUUCAUCAGGGGGAACGGCAAGUUCAGGAGAAGCGGAACACUUACAUGUAGGUGUGGUAGAGAGGUUGCACAAUCAUAUUGAAAACAUAGUUGUGAAAAGUGAAGCUGACACAUGUAGCUUCGCAGAAAAUGGGCAGAACUUGACACGAGCAACUAAUGCCAAAAGAGACCCAGAGUCAAAAGCCACUGUCGGUGUUAAGAACGCAGCAGGUGGAAAGUGCCCUAUUUGUUCCGAUGUAGUUUCUGGAUACCAUUAUGGCACGCAUUCUUGUGAGAGCUGCAAAGGUUUCUUCAAGCGAACUAUCCAAAACAAGAGAAAUGAGCGCUUAGCUUGUGCCUUAGCGGGCAGCUGUGUGAUUAUUUUGCAGAAUCGUAAACACUGUGCCUACUGUCGUUUCAAAAAAUGCCUGGAUGUUGGCAUGAAGCAGGAAGCUGUCAGAGGAGACAGGCAAAGGGGAGGAAGGAGUAUGUACGAAGGAUCCUCUGAGCAGAGGAGACGGCUGCAGCUGCAGACACAGCAGCAGCAAAACGAAGCCCUCGGACAAAUCAAGAAACGUAAACCUCGUAAACGGGCCCCCAGUACAGCAACUCAACCUCCGGCGGGGGACAGAGACGAUCAAAGUCUUGAAAUCAUGAGGAUGCACCCUCAGCAAACUCUUGGACACCAGGAACGCAUGCCGUCCAACCCCGUGACCUCAUCUGCUUCAAUACCCACAACUUCAACGGACAUCUCUAUUAAUCCGUCAACAUCCACUGGAAGUACGACAACUACAUGUAGUGACUCCUGUGACGAGUACAUUCUUUACCUCAGAAAACUGGAAAGCAUUGAGGCAACGUUCUUCAAUCCCUUUGGCUUGCCAAGGAUCUCCAUUGACCGGUGUCACAGUGAGAAGAGUCUCCUAACAGGGUCCUAUUAUCUGAUGGAUCAUUUUUGCAAGAAGAUGCCUUCAUGGAUUGAGAUGCUGCCAUACCUUCACGACCUAGAGGUUGGUGAUCGCUCAGUCUUGCUGAAAGCAAACUGGCUCCAAGUUCUCAUCUUGACCGUUUGCUUCCGUUGCCAUGACAAUGAAGGUCAUCUCAUCCUGCCGGACCGGUCACACUGUGACAUGAUGGCGGUGGUCAAUUCUGUUGCCAUUUUGGACAUUGUGAGGAGGAUGAAGCAGCUGGCCCAGAAGCUCCAAGCCUUGAAGACAACGCAAGAUGAAUAUUUCUACCUCAAACUUCUCAUUCUGCUGAACUCAGAUGUGAAAAACCUCUCUCAGCCUUCCAGGAUACGCAGCUACCAGGAGAAAGUGCAGGAGCAUCUCUUUGACCUGGGCAUGGCGAGGGAAGGCAUCUCUGCAAGCAUGAAGAUAGGGCGGCUCCUCCUCAAGCUCUCGGAGCUGGAGCGUCUCUCUCAUCUCAUCAAGGAGCACUUGGUCUUUACUCAGGUCGCAGGUCAGCUCGGUCACAGGAAGUAUUCAAACCUGGAGGAUAUGCUGGAGGAUUACUAAGGUAUACCUCUCGCAAAAAUAAUGAUAAUAGCU